UCUCGUCCUUUCUUUGGUUAUUUGAUGGACAUAAACUCAAAAUUAAACUAGCUCUAUAAAUUCGUCAUCUCUUUACUAUUAGGGUUAGUGUGCCUCACAAGCCUCCUUGUUUUUCUCCUUGCUGUACAAACGCUUCUACUUCAGGGGACUGAGAUCACACGAGUGUCAGUAUGAAACGUUUAUGCAAAUCACCUGAUAAACAUGUUCUUGAGUUGUCUGAGGAUAUCAUAAUCGAAAUAUUACAUCGUUUGCCUUCAAAAUCUCUGGCAAGGUUUGUAUGUGUGUGUAAGCAUUGGCAGAAGCACAUUGCUGAUCCGUCUUCAGUUUAUUGUCGUUCUCCAUGAUGGAGUCCUCACCCCUACAUGAUGGGUUUCUUUUGUCAAGGUAGAGAUGAUAGUCUUAGAAAUUCAUUUUUUCCUCUCAUCAAGGAAAUCUUCAGAAGUCGUCGAUGGUAGUUUGGAUGAGUCGGUCAAUUUUCUUGGCAGGGGAGUGCACAUUAUUGCAUCCUCUAAUGGUUUCAUUCUUAUUGCUGAGGAUUUAAGAAAUCAGGGUGCUUACUAUGUUUAUAAUCCUGCAACGAGGCAGCAUGUGGUCGUCCCUACAACUCAAAUGUCCUGCAUAAGCGUUGCAUGUAUUGGAUUUCAUUGUAAAGUAGAUGACCCUGAAAAAGAUGUGAUCUCCUUUACUAUAGUUCGUUAUGAACAAUGGUUUGAUCUUUGUUCGAGUGUAACAAUUGAAAGCUUAUCUUCUGAGACUAAUGUGUGGACCACAAUUGAUCUCAUGCUAGAUGUACCUCUCAGCCUCUCCUUUUUUAGUUGGAUAAAAUUAGCAUCAGUUGGGAUAAUCGAUGGAGUAUUCUUUUGGAUCGACAAUAAUCAAAUGAUUGUUUAUUGUGAUAAUGUCAAUAGGCGUUUCUGGGCUUUGGAAUUGACUGAAGAUAUGGUGGGCGGAGACGCUUAUGCUCUUGGAGUAUCGGGUGGAGCUCUCUAUUAUGCAUUGUGUGAUGAGGCAGAGAUUACUGUGUGGUGCCUCGAGAGCAAUAUCCGUAGUCAAGAUGCACUAUGGGUCAUGAAGUAUGCUGCAAAUAUGAGUAAUGCACUACUUAAUUGUCCAGGGGCGCCUUUUGGACCUGAGAAUUCUAGUAUCGAGAUGACAAACAUGGAUAUUCAUCCUGUUAAUUCGCACAUCUUUUACUUGUAGGGGAUAAGGUUAGUAUUUCAUAUGACUUGGAAAAGAAUAUUACAGAACUUUUGUAUGAUAUCGGAGUGCCUAGUUCGGCCGCAUUCUACUUGUUCUUUUCUUAUGAGUGGCAUCA